AUGGCUUCAAAUUCCUUCAACUUCAUUUUCUUGCUCACUUUACUCUCACCGGUUGUGGGGCAUCGUGGAAGUGUUGAUUUGAAACAGUAUGAUCCAUUGGUGGUAAGCACAUGGCCGUUUAUUGAAGCUGUUAGAGCUGCAUGGAGAGCCGUUCAUGCUGGGGCUUCUGCUCUUGAUUCCGUUGUUGAAGGUUGCUCUACUUGUGAGCAACUUAGGUGUGAUGGAACAGUUGGUCCGGGUGGGAGUCCAGACGAGAAUGGAGAAACUACAAUCGAUGCUCUGGUCAUGGAUGGGGUGACUAUGGAAGUAGGAGCCGUUGCUGCCAUGCGAUACGUAAAGGACGGAAUCAAAGCUGCUAGGCUAGUAAUGCAACACACCCAACACACUUUGUUGGUUGGAGAGAAAGCGUCUGAAUUCGCAAUUUCAAUGGGUCUUCCAGGACCAACAAACUUGAGUUCAUCAGAAUCUAUAGAGAAAUGGACUGCAUGGAAAAAAAGUAGCUGUCAACCGAAUUUCAGGAAAAACGUAUUACCCCAGAAUGAUUGUGGUCCUUAUCGUCCAAAUAACUAUCUCCACCUCUCUGAUGAAACAUGCUCCGUUAUUGAUCAAAGUCAAAUACCAAGGUUACCUCAUGUUGGUCUUCACAGCCACGAUACCAUUUCAAUGGCUGUUAUUGAUAGAACGGGACACAUUGCUGUUGGCACAUCAACUAACGGUGCGACAUUCAAGAUUCCUGGAAGGGUAGGUGAUGGUCCAAUAGCAGGAUCCUCGGCAUAUGCUAUCGAUGAAGUUGGCGCAUGUUGCGCAACUGGGGAUGGUGACAUCAUGAUGCGCUUUCUUCCAUGCUAUCAAGUGGUGGAAAGCAUGAGGUUGGGAAUGGAACCCAAACUCGCUGCUAAGGAUGCAAUAUCGCGAAUAACCAAAAAAUUUCCAAACUUUGUGGGAGCUGUCGUUGCCCUUAGUAAAACAGGUGAACAUGCCGGGGCCUGCCAUGGUUGGACAUUUAGAUAUUCAGUAAGGAGUCCUGCAAUGGAAGACGUAGAAGUCUUUACCGUGCUGCCCUGA